AUGGCCAUGGAGAUCCCUCUGUCGGCCGCAUCGGCCUUGGCCAUUCCACCACUAACGUCACCCUCGGCUGCCUCUGUCGCGGGGGUGAUGACGCCUAUGGGCAAUGGAUCCGAAAAAUCGACGGGCCCAGGAGGCGAAGAAGAGACCGAGGAGACCAAUGAAGAGCAGCUCUCGCGUGACUUGGCGCUGUUUCUGGCCAAUCCUUCCUUGCAAGCUGCCUUGGCGGAUGGAUCUUUGGACUUGGCCUCCUAUUCGUCGACCGUAGAGCAGGAAUUGCACGAGUUAGAGUCACAAUGCAUUCAAGUCUACCGACGCAAGGAAAACGAAAUUACCACUCUGCGAACUGAAUUGGCCGACUGUGACGCCGUCUUGUCGGCCUUGCAGGAAAUGUUAUUGGGUUUCCAGGCCGAUUUAGGUGGUCUUUCGGGUGAAAUUAGGUCCAUUCAAGACAAGUCCAGAGUCUUGGCCGUCCAGUACGGUAAUCGUAAACUAGCCGAAGAUGGAUUGGGACAAUUCUUGUCGCAUAUCGUCAUUGCUCCCAACUUGGCCCAGGCCAUCACCUCGGGGCCCAUCAACCGAGUCUUUGUCGAAGCCGUGCGAGAGAUGAACACCAUUUACCAAAAUGUACACGACACCAAGCCACAGCCGUGGAGUGCCAAUAAACCUCCCUCACAAACCACUGCGGGAAAAGAAAUGCAGAUCCACGUGUACAAAUUGCGAUGUGUGGCGGUCACUCGAGUUCGAGAUUAUUUUCUCACGCAAAUGGCGUUGCUGAGGAGACCACAAACCAAUGUCCGUAUGAUUCAAGUUCAUGGAUUGCUACAGUAUGCCUACUUGCAGGAUUUCCUCACUGAAGCCAAUCCACAGAUCGCGCAAGAAAUAUUCAAUGUUUACAUUGAGAGUAUGAGCAAGACACUCUAUACCCUAUUUCGGACUUACCAGACGCAAUUGCUACAACUCGAUGCCACGAGGAGUGCUGCCACGAGACAAGACGUUAUCGCCAUUGAUGAUGCUGCAUUGCGUGAUUCUUUGACAACCAAAGCGAAAAAGAGAGUGGACGUAUUCGCGUUGGGGACCCGUGCACAAGAGGUCCUCUUCCCAUCUGAUGCUCCUGACUAUGAACGCAAAUACGGGCGGCAUCCCCACCAACACACGCAGGCAUUGCCACAGCCAAUUCUAGCCCAUGUCGCUCUCAUGGAAAAGAAACUCUAUCCGUAUGAACGACUCUUCCGAUCCAUUAUGGGGCAUUUGCUGGAAGCCGUCACCAACGAACAUGUCUUUUGUCGACAGCUAUUCAAGCGUGACGCCUUCGGUCCUCUCUUCUCCGGAACCCUCUCAGAUCUACAGGAACAACUCGAGAAUUAUCUAUUUGGUUGUCACGAUGCGCUAGCUUUGUUGCUCAUGAUCAAAGUGGUGCACCAGUAUCGUCGCGUGGCAAAACAGCGGACGAUUCACUCCUUGGAUGGAUUCUAUGAAAAGGUGAAUCAGCUCCUUUGGCCUCGACUCAAAAUGAUCAUGGAUUCCCAUCGGCGUAGUAUCAAAGGAGCCAAUGCUCUCAAGCUCGGUGGGGUCGACUUACAUGCGCAUUAUGUGUCGCGUCGCUUUGCCGAGUUUGCCUGUUCGGUUCUAUUAAUUCUCAAAGAUGGCAACAACACGGGGUCGACAGCUGCCGCAAGUCGGCCAAAGGGCCAGCACCGACAUCAUCAUCAUCAUCACCACAAGGGCGGCAAGUCAUCGGGUAAGAGUGAUGGCGGCAAGCACCAACAACAUGACGAUAGGAAACCGGCAGCAACGCCUUCCAAGGGCCGGUCGCGCCCGGCCAACCUUGACAACAGUGGGGGAGGUGGCGGUGGCAGGAGCGCUGGCGACAUGCUGCUGCAAGAUGUCUCCGAGAUGCUGGAUGAGUAUCUCCUACUCUUGGAUCGCCUUGCCGACGAACAUACUUCUCAGAAGAGGAGGAUUGUUUUUGAAAUCAACAAUCUCGACCACGUGGUCUGCAUCUUCCAGGAAAGAAGGGUCGUUGGGAAAGAGUUUAACCGCUUGGUGGAAAAGCUGAUGGCGCAACGAGAGCUGUUUGUAGAGGAAGAACUGUUGGUUGGCUUUUCCAAGAUGAUUGCUUUCGUCCAGCAAACAGAGGGCCACAUCAACUCCGCCCCCACGGGCUCGUCCUACAACGUGAACCCUUCCGUUGUGCAGUCGUUGGUUCGUGAAUUCUCUUCCAAUUGGAAGGCCAACAUUGAACUGAUCAACCGCAAUGUUCUCUCGUACUUUUCGAACUUUCGCAAUGGCAUGGAGAUUCUGAAGCAAGUCUUGACGCAGCUGCUGUUGUACUACACUCGCUUCCAAGACAUUAUCCGCAAGGUUUGGCAGAACAAGCCGCCAGCGUUCUGCAAGGAUCUCGUCAGCACGAGCCUCAUCUUGGCUGAGAUCAAGAAGUACGCCCUUGCCAUUUAA